AACCGAUAAGGCAUGGGCACUGAUAUUAUUUGAUUAAGUGAUAAAUGAUAAUGGAAAACGGUAGCAGCUGUGCGCAAUGCGCAGUGGCGCCGAACGUGAAUGUCCGUGGCCCGUGCUCGGAUGGUCGUAGGGAAGCGUAUCGUAUCCGAUUUCGCGGCUCGUCCGUCCCCGUCAAACGGUCGAACUCACAAGUCACAACUUACUCCACGUUAUCGUCACGCCGACCCGUCGAAUUCCGUCUGCCAAGUGCCAACUUACUGCACAGGCGCACAGGACAGGUAACGUUUUAAGUUUGCUUUUUUUCAUUCUAAUCGCGACGCUCGAGUGACGAAUUCACUGACGAUUACUCGACCAAAGUACCAAGCACAAAAACAAACGACUACACCGCAGCAGCAGGCUGGCGCCUACAGUGUUUACUAAUAAUUGUAGACGACAGACCGUUUCUGCGAUAAUAAAAAUAAUAAUAACAUUAUGUUUUGGCGGACCCCGCUCGCGAUUAUAAGAGGUGUCACGACAAAAAUGGUGCGACAGAACUCUCGGCUGUUGGUGGUCUGCGGUCCGUCGGGCUCCGGCAAGUCGACGCUCCUUCGCAAGCUGUUUGACGAAUAUCCUGACAAGUUUGGCUUUUCGGUGUCGCAUACCACACGAUCGCCGAGGCGUUUUGAAGUGGAUGGCCAACACUACCACUUCACUACCAAAAACGAGAUGCAAGCAGCUAUCGAACGAGGAGACUUCUUAGAACACGCCAUCUUCUCUAACAAUAUGUAUGGUACCAGCCUCAAAGCAGUACAAAAUGUUCAAAAGUCUGGCAAGAUUUGUGUUCUUGAUAUUGACAUGCAAGGAGUCAUUCAAAUAAAAAAUGUGACUUCCCUGAAACCGGUCUGUGUAUUUGUCAAACCUCCCAGUAUUGGUGAACUCGAAGUACGAUUGCGCAGGCGGAAUUCAGAGUCUGAAGAUAAUCUACGAGCCAGACUGAAUGUCGCUCAACAGGAAAUCAACUACGGAGAAACGCCUGGAAACUUUGAUUGUAUUAUUAUAAACGAGUCCUUAGACAAAGCAUAUAAUGUAUUCAAAGAAUUUGUUUUGAAGUCCUUUGAAAGUGUAGAAAAUUAAGUAUACACAUACUACCUAAAGUAUUCAGUAUUUGCAACUCAGUCAGUAGGUUUUAGUUAUUAUAUUCGUAAAAUGUUUUUGUUUGCUUUAUGAAAUAUUGCUAAAAAAACAUUCUAGAAUAAUAUUAUACCUCGUGUUAUACUUA